UUGCGUUGCACAGUUGUCACCUCAGCACUGCAGACCCACAGGGCAGCCAGGGUGUCCAGCAGUUGGGAGGCCCCUCAGACCGUGGGCGUGGAGGAGCUGAAGUCCUCAGAAGCGUCUGUGCCAGGGAUGUCCACAGCUGGGUUGAGCAAGGAGGCGGACAGCACGCGGCCCCCGCGUGUCCGGACAGCCUUCACGGCCCAGCAGGUCAGCACCUUGGAGAGCUCCUUCCAGCACCAGCGCUACCUGGGCCCCCUGGAGCGCCGGAGGCUGGCCCAGAAGAUGCAGCUGUCCGAGGCGCAGAUAAAAACCUGGUUUCAGAAUCGCCGGAUGAAACACAAACGCCAACUUCAGGACUCGCAGCCGAACGCCCCUCUCCCUGGAGCUCUCUACACUCCCCUGGCUUUCUGCCCACCAUCCCCUGUUCUGGGCAGCGGCCUGCAGCUGCUGUACCCUUGGGCACCCCUGCCUGGGCCCUCAGUGCUGGCACAGCCUCCUGGCUCUCUCUGGGGCCCCUGCCAAGUGGAGCAUGCCUCCGUGGCCUCAGCGUGGGCCCCAAGCGGCAGGCAGCCUCUGCUCUGCUGCCUCCCAGACCCUGGGAGCCAGGUGCACACACUGGGCCCGGCCUUGUCCAGGGGGCCUUGGGGCCUGUGUGUCCUGCCAGAGACCGGGAGUGCCUUUUGAGGAAGCAUGGCAGCCCAGAAGCCUGCAACUAGUGUCACGUGCUAGGCCGUCGCACACAUGCCUGGCCUCUACCUGGCCAGACAGACAUUCCCCAUUUAUACUGAUGUCACACUGACAUCCUUGUGGGGGCCUUGUGCCCAUCCACAGGUGGGACCCGGGACCCUGACCUGCAUUAAGAUUCUGAAGGUUUACAGCUGAAGAUGUUUUAAAGCCGCUCCUUCACUGAAAGCUACCAGAGGCUUCAUUCAGGAAGUCGAAAGCCAGAAGUGGACUUGUUCUGUGCUGGGCUUUUAGCAUGUGAUAA